AUGCCACGCCCACCUGCACGACGAGCUCGUACCGUGCGCCAGGCGCCGGAAAAGGCAGAAGAUGAAUCGCAAGGCGGUAACAUCGCAACUCCUCGACGACCAGGUCAUGAUGAAAACAACAACGAUGCCCACCGCGCUGAUCGACCUGAUCUAACACCUACAAGAGACAGCAACGAGAAUGUUAUCGCUUCUUCACCUGCGGGAAAUACCACCACAGCGAGUAUUCGACCCCCGACCCGAGCUCGAGGUUACUCCUCUACGUUGUCCUUGGUUGGACGAAAGGGGGAUUUCAAUUCACGAAUUGGUAGCACUCCUGGAUUUGAAAGCUCUGUUUUGAGUAAUUUCAAGAAGCGAUCGAGACAGCCAAGUUUGCUCCAGAUGAUGCAGGCGCAUGAUGACGAGAAUUCGUCGGAUUUUGACGAUGAGGAUUUUCUGGGUGGCUUCAGUCCGCAGGAUGAAUCUACACCAUUAAAUAUCGCUAGAGUGUCUAACGCCGCAGAGAGGCAAUUGCCUGCGUCCCCAUCCCCAUCACGUCCACCACAGGUUGUUCCAUCGCCAUCAUCUCGGGAAUCUAGAAAGAGGAAGCGUCAGUCGGAAGCAGUGAACGACAAUCACGCUGAACCAGGCUCCCCUUCGGCAAGAAGUAGUAGUUCAUUGUCAACACUUACACCGACCCCAAAAUCCCCAGUGGCCGGAACGCGCGCGGAAUCUCCUAGUUUCACCAUGGCUACACCUAUGAGUAGCUCCACAGCAAGUCCCUCACGCUUGAUGAUAGUCGGAAAGCAAAUCACUGCAGCGACAGAGAAAACUGCAGCAGCAGAGUCUUUACCAAAGUUGACCACACUCAGCAUACAAACUAGAUUCCUCCCUCAGCGGCGAAUUCGUCGUCACCAGCGAACGGAUGACAAUGAGGACGAAGAUGGCAUUGACUCCGCCAACGAAGAUUCAGAUGAGGAUGAGUUGACUAGGGAAGUCAUGCGCAGACCACAGCGAUCACGAAAGAAGGGAUUGUCAAAUGCGACAUUCGGGAAAACCAAUGCGAAACCGAGCAAACCGAAUCGUGGUGGCAGGAAAAACAAACGCGGCAACACAAAAGCUACUACCAAUGCAGUUGAUCCCCAGGGCAGCAAAUCGCAACGCACAUAUUCUCGCCAGAAGCCUCAAGCUGCAGAUAAAGAGAACGAUCUCUCUGACAACUCUUCUAUCCUCUCAUCACCUCCGCCGUCUGAAGAUCUACGUGAGUCAGAUUCCGAGAUACCAUCACGGGCGUCAAAGAGAGUAACCAGUCGCGAAUUGCAAGAGGCAGCGCGCAAGUUUGCGGAAGUGGAUAAAUGGCAGAUGGACUUUGAAGAUGUUCCUGAUUCCGAGAUUAGCAGUCCUAUGCGAUGA